GCUGACGACUCCCAUUUCAGUCACGGUGAGCUUCAGUCCACGCGCGACCUCCACGUGACGGGAGCGGAGCCCGGCGGUUCCAUCUCGGUUAUCUGCGUGGACACGUUCUUGCCAGUGGGUUAUCUCGAGCCCGAACAUCCGUGUUUUGCAAACUACGCGGCAGUCGCUUGGGAUGCUGGGGACUCUUAUGCAAAUCGAGUCAACGUCAUCGCGAUGGCCUGGGUGGAGGCUCAACCGCAGCGGGAGAAGGAGGGACAUGGGAAAUAUUAACCACUUCUUUGGUGGCACAAGCCUCUAAUCCGAGCACUUGGGAGGUGGAGCCAGGAGGAUCACGGAUUUGGAGUCAGACAAGGAUAUGUCAGACCCUCUCUCAGCAAACAACACAAGCCACAAACAAACAAACACUACAAGAACCUCAAAAGGCAAUCAUUGCCCCAGGCGUCAGCAGCAUAUCCGGAACCUUAACUGAGCUGAGCAGGAAAGACAGCGGGCAAUCCGUAGAGGAGCGCCCAAGAAUCUUGGCGUGGGAGACACGUAGGAUUCUGGGACUUGUAGUUUUCUUCCAACUAGAUCGGCUUCGCGGACUACAUUUCCCAAGAUGCACACGUAACAAGCGAGUCCCACUGUUGGGUGAGAAUUGUGGAAGAAUAAGAAUGAGCGGAUUGACUUUCAGGCCGACAAAGGGCCGUUGGAUCACCCACCUCAGCCGGCCGCGUUCUUGUGGACCCUCGGGGUUAUUUGUGCCGCCCAGCCCUCCUUUGGACCCUGAAAAGAUCAAAGAGUUACAGCGCUUCAUUAGCCUUUCCAAGAAACUCCUCGUGAUGACAGGCGCGGGGAUCUCCACCGAGUCCGGCAUCCCAGACUACAGGUCAGAAAAGGUGGGACUUUACGCCCGCACUGACCGGAGACCCAUCCAGCACAUUGAUUUCGUCCGCAGUGCUCCGGUCCGCCAGCGGUACUGGGCCCGAAACUUUGUGGGCUGGCCUCAAUUCUCCUCUCACCAACCCAACCCAGCACACUGGGCUCUGAGCAACUGGGAGAGACUGGGGAAGCUGCACUGGUUGGUGACUCAGAACGUGGACGCUUUGCACUCCAAAGCAGGGAGUCAGCGGCUGACGGAGCUCCACGGAUGCAUGCACAGAGUCCUGUGCCUGAACUGUGGGGAGCAGACUGCCCGCAGGGUGCUGCAGGAACGCUUCCAAGCCCUGAACCCCAGCUGGAGCGCCGAGGCGCAGGGCGUGGCUCCCGACGGCGACGUGUUCCUCACUGAGGAGCAGGUCCGGAGCUUUCAGGUCCCGUGCUGUGAUCGAUGCGGCGGCCCUCUGAAACCGGACGUCGUUUUCUUUGGGGACACGGUGAACCCAGACAAGGUUGACUUUGUGCACCGGCGUGUGAAAGAGGCGGACUCCCUACUGGUGGUGGGAUCAUCCCUGCAGGUACCUGACUCUGUCAGGGUGGCAGUUGCCUUUGCCCAUCCUACAGGGUUCAUCCUCACCGCCCGCGAGCAAAAGCUCCCAAUAGCCAUUCUGAAUAUCGGCCCCACCCGGUCUGACGAUUUGGCUUGCCUGAAGCUGGAUUCCCGCUGUGGAGAGUUGCUGCCUUUAAUAGACCCGCGGAGACAGCACUCUGAUGUCCAAAGGCUGGAAAUGAACUUUCCUCUGAGUUCCGCUGCUCAAGGUAAAGAGAAAGCCCUCUCAGGUAAAGGGGUCUAGCCAGGUGGAGCGUGGCUCUCGCUUGUAAAUCCCUCAGAGGCUGAUGAAAGCGGUUGGCCUGGAGCUCAAGGCCAGUAGAUCAGGCCAUAGGCCACUGACACCUUAACUUCAAGCAACAAAACAAAAGCCAGGUGACAGAUUCAGCUUCCUGUUACACGGAGUAGUCAGGUGCCAGACAAGAGAGACAAUUCUAGACUUUUUUUUUUUAAGAUUUUAUUUAUUAUUUAUUUUAUAUGUAAGUACACUGUAGCUGUUUGUUUGUUUUUAAAGCUCCUGAAUAUCUUAAGACUAAAAAUAGUCUUAAGAAGUCUAGAAUUCGGGGGCUGGUGAGAUGGCUCAGCAGUUAAGAGCACUGACUGCUCUUCCGAAGGUUCUGAGUUCAAAUCCCAGCAACCACAUGGUGGUUUACAACCAUCCUUAAUGACAUCUGACUCCCCCUCCUGGUAUGUCUUAACUGCUGAGCCAUCUCUCCAGCCCCAAUUCUAGACUUCUUUUUUUUUUUUUUUAAAGAUUUAUUUAUUAUAUGUAAGUACACUGUAGCUGUCUUCAGACACACCAGAAGAGGGUGUCAGAUCUUGUUACAGAUGGUUGUGAGCCACCAUGUGGUUGCUGGGAUUUGAACUCCAGACCUUCGGAAGAGCAGUCGGGUGCUCUUACCCACUGAGCCAUCUCACCAGCCCCCGAAUUCUAGACUUCUUAAGACUAUUUUUAGUCUUAAGAUAUUCAGGAGCUUUAAAAACAAACAAACAAAAAGACAGUAGAUGGUUUUAUUUUAGGGGGGCGUGUCAAGACAGAACACCAGAAGAAGGCAUCAGGUUGUGAGCCACCAUGUAGUUGCUGGGAAUUGAACUCAGGACCUCUGGAAGAGCAAUCACUGAGCCAUUUCUCUAGCCUGGCCACCUGGUUUUUAAUGGAAAGGUGGAUGGACGUUUUCUCUUCUCUUCUCUUCUCUUCUCUUCUCUUCUCUUCUCUUCUCUUCUCUUCUCUCUUCCUUCCUUCCUUCCUU